UCAGCUGAACCCCUGCCCCCGGAGCCCCCAGCAGUGCCCCCUGAGGAGGAGCUGCAGCACCUGAGGAAGGAACUAGAGAGAGUGUCAGCAGAGCUCCAGGUCCAGGUGGAAAACCAUCAGCACGUCAGUCUCCUGAACCAGGCACAAAAGGAGAAGCUUCAGGAGCAGGAGGAGAAGCUUCGGGAGCAGGAGGAGAGACUUCAGCAGCUGGCCGAGCCACAGAGCGGCGUCGAGGAGCUGAACAAUGAGAACAAGAGCGCACUGCAAUUGGAGCAGCGAGUGGAGGAGCUACAGGAGAAGCUGGGCAAGGAACACCUGGAAGCUGCCAGUCAGCAGAAUCAGCAGCUAACAGCCCAGCUGCGCCUCAUGGCUCUCCCUGGUGAAGGAGAUGGAGGAGGACAUCUGGACAGUGAGGAGGCGGCGGCACCUCAGCCCUUGCCGAGCGUCCCAGAGGACCUGGAGAGCUGGGAGGCCAUGAGUGGCCUUAUGGAUAUCUUGGAGGAGACGGCGGACCUGAGUGAGCUGGUGAAGAAAGAGGAACUGCGAUUGUACUGGGUGGAGAGAUGCCAUCAGAAUGUUUGUCAGCUUGUAAUAGAGGCAGGGGGCAGUGUCAAAGAUGCGGCAAUGGGAGGAGGAGAUCAUCAGGCUGGUCCAGCACAGGGUGGAGAUGAAGGUGAAUCUGCUGGCGCUGCAGGAGAUGCUGUUACGGCUUGUAGGGAGUACAACAAACACAGCAGAUUCCUGGCCGCUUCCCAGAACCCUGCUAAUGAGCCUGGUCCAGGAGCCCCAGACCCCCAGGAGCUUGUGGCUGCUGACCAGCAUGGUGAUCUUUGUGGAGUGAGUCUCACCGACAGCACCCAGCCUGCGCAAGGAGAGGCCAGGGAGGGGUCUCCCCAGGACAACCCUACUGCACAGCCCAUCGCGCAGGACCACCAGGAGCACCCAGGCUUGGGCAGCAACCGCUGUGUGACAUUCUUUUGCUGGGCUUGGCUGCCGAGAAGGAGAUAA